AUUUUUGAGUUACUGCUCAGAUCAACUUCAAAUACUGGUGGAUAAAAUCUUGUGAAUAGGUUGUCAGCACAAAAAACAGACUAGUAGUUUGUGACAAAACUAUUAGUUCGCCUGAACUACGACAUAUGAACUACAUAACCCCAAAUCAUGAAAUUUAACCUUAUUUAAACCUAAUCAAAAAAUGCCGGAAGCUGUAAUGGAAUGUGGAGAUUUUAGUGAAUUUCAAGAAGCAAUAAAAAAUAUGAGGAAGUUCGAUGAUAUAAUUGUGAAUACUUUGAACUCUGUUAUCCCUACCGAUUCCUUCCAUCCCAAUGGAGAAAAAUCAUGCAAGGAAUUAUAUGCGCAAUUACAAGAAGGGAGUAUUAAAAGAGAAUCUACUAUCAAGAAUUGCAUAACUAUAACAGCUGAUAAAGUACGAAAAUUAAAGAAUCAAAGAGAACAUUCAGAUGAUAUUAGUUUAUCCAAAACACUUAGAGCAGAACAGACAAAGUUGAGAAUGUUACAAGUUGAACUCUCAGUAGAAGAUCUAGUUGGACAACGUACUUCCAAAGUUUUCAAUGAUAAAUGUAGGAAGUAUUGGAAGCCACAAUAGUCCUUUUUCUCAUUACGUAGUUUUUGGUAAAUAAAUCUUUUACACUGAAAGGAU